UCCAUUUCCCUUUCAAUUAGUCAAAUCAAAUCAAAAGAAAAUAAAACCCACCGUUUUUCUUCACCAAAAAAACACCUACGAGCUGUGAUCCCAGGUCCCAUUAGCUGAAACAAAGUCUUAUUCAGAUCUUCAAAAAAUUCAAGAUUUGCAAAUUCAAUUCUUGAUUGUUACUACAGAUUUGAGUGGUAAUGGCAGUUAAAGGGAGACAUUCCCGAGUUGGGCCUCGAAAAUCCUCAAAUUCUACACUAAUCUUUGGUGGAUUUAUUUUGUUGUCAUUUGUCGGUCUCAUUUUUCUUGCUUUCCGAAUUAUCUCCAUUCCUAGUAGUUCAAAGGGUUCUCAGAAAGCACAUGAUCUUAGCUCUAUAGCACACAACACUGUUCAAAGACAAGAUGAUGAUGACGAUGGAAAAAAAGAUCAGUGGGUUGAAGUGAUUUCUUUGGAACCAAGAGCCUAUGUUUACCAUAACUUCUUGUCCAAGGAGGAAUGUGAGUAUCUGAUUAGUCUUGCCAAGCCUCACAUGCAAAAGUCAAGUGUUGUAGAUAGUGCUACUGGCAAGAGUAUGGACAGCAGGGUCCGAACCAGCUCUGGAACAUUUCUUGCAAGAGGACGUGAUAAGGUGAUCAGGGAUAUUGAGAAAAGGAUUGCAGAUUUCACCUUCAUACCAGCAGAGCAUGGUGAAGGUCUUCAAAUUCUCCACUACGAAGUGGGGCAAAAGUAUGAGCCCCACUAUGAUUACUUUCUUGAUGAGUUUAACACUAAAAAUGGAGGUCAGCGCAUUGCUACGGUUUUAAUGUACUUGUCGGAUGUUGAAGAAGGGGGUGAAACAGUAUUCCCAGCUGCAAAGGGAAAUUAUAGUGCGGUCCCUUGGUGGAAUGAACUAUCUGAAUGUGGAAAAGGUGGACUCUCUGUAAAACCAAAGAUGGGUGAUGCGUUGCUUUUCUGGAGCAUGAAGCCUGAUGCAACUCUGGAUCCAUCAAGUUUGCAUGGUGGGUGCCCUGUGAUUAAAGGUAACAAGUGGUCGUCUACAAAAUGGAUGCGUGUCCAUGAAUACAAGGCUUAACCUACUGCUAGAGAUAUUGGUUUUGCAGGUCCAGUUUUGAGUUUGGAUGCAGUCACUAACUCACAGUUGUGCGAUUUGUAUCAAAAGGAUAAUCUUUGUAGUCUUGAAUGGAGCCCUCUGCUUUCAAUCACCCCAUGAAGCUUCUGACUUAUUUUCAGCUUCGAUUUUACUUUAAUAGUACUCAUACUCGACAUUCUUUUUACUUUUCUUUUCUAUAAAGUUGAAGCUUACAUAGUUGUGUUUGUGUAUCUUUCAUAUAUGAGUUUAAUUAGAAUAAUAAAGCUGUGAGAAGCUUCGUUCGAUUUAUGAGGUGUAUUCAUGAACCGCGGGAAUUAUGGCAAUUACUCUGUGUCCUACUUUAUUGGAUGCUAUUACUA